AAGCGGAGACCGGAAGUCCCUCGCCGGGAGGUUCCGGGUUUCCUGGGCUACUACGAUGGCGAUGAGUUUCGAGUGGCCGUGGCAGUAUCGCUUCCCGCCCUUCUUUACGUUGCAGCCGAACGUGGACACUCGGCAGAAGCAGCUGGCCGCGUGGUGCUCGCUGGUCCUGUCCUUCUGCCGCCUGCACAAACAGGCCAGCAUGACGGUGAUGGAAGCCCAGGAGAGCCCGCUCUUCAACAACGUGAAGCUGCAGCGGAAGCUCCCCAUGGAAUCAAUCCAGGUUGUAUUAGAGGAGCUGAGGAAGAAAGGGAACCUGGAAUGGUUGGAUAAGAACAAGUCUAGCUUCCUGAUCAUGUGGCGGAGGCCAGAAGAAUGGGGGAAACUCAUCUAUCAGUGGGUUUCCAGGAGUGGCCAGAACAACUCUGUGUUCACCCUAUAUGAACUGACCAAUGGGGAAGACACAGAGGAUGAGGAGUUCCACGGGCUGGAUGAGGCAACCUUACUACGGGCUCUGCAGGCUGGUGCUGGAUCCUUCCGAUAG